CAUUCUUUUGUUUCUUGUUGGGGAAAUACAGCUUCUUCCAUAGUAGAACAGAAACUGGCCUGUACACAGACAUGUGGUUGGACAAGUUUCCUGCCUGGCUGAACUCUGUAGUCUGUGGACUCCUGCUUCUCUUCAUCUGUGGCCUGGCUCAGGACUCUGCCAACCCCAUCCGGACCACAAACACAGGACAGGUGCGGGGCAGCCUUGUGCAUGUGAAGGGCACCAAUUUGGAGGUCCACACUUUCCUGGGAAUUCCUUUUGCCAAGCCACCUCUAGGACCUUUGCGGUUUGCACCCCCUGAAGCUGCUGAGUCCUGGAGUGGUGUGAGGGAUGCCUCCUCCCACCCUGCUAUGUGUCUGCAAAAUUCUCUCUUAAGUAGUCCAGAGCGUAUGAAAGUGUUUAAUGUGACCCCACUCCCUAUACCCAUGUCUGAAGACUGCCUGUACCUCAACAUCUACACACCUGCUCAUGUCCGUGAGGGAUCUAGCCUGCCUGUGAUGGUAUGGAUCCAUGGUGGUGGGCUGAUUGUAGGCAUGGCCUCUAUGCAUGAUGGCUCCAUUCUGGCAGCUUCUGAGAAUGUGGUGGUGGUCAUUAUCCAGUAUCGCCUUGCUGUGCUGGGUUUCUUCAGCACUGGAGACCAACACGCCUCUGGCAACUGGGGCUACCUGGACCAAGUGGCUGCCCUACGCUGGGUACAGCAGAAUAUCGCUCACUUUGGAGGCAACCCUGACCGUGUCACCAUUUUUGGCGUGUCAGCAGGUGGCACAAGCGUGUCCUCACUUGUCUUGUCCCCUAUGUCCCAAGGACUCUUCCAUGGUGCCAUCAUGGAGAGUGGAGUAGCCCUGCUACCUGGUCUCAUCUCGAGCUCUUCUGAAGGCAUCUCUACAAUAGUGGCUAACCUUUCUGGAUGUGGGAAAGCUGACUCAGAGGCCAUGGUGAGAUGCCUACGUGGCAAGAGUGAAGAAGAAAUUAUGGCUAUUACAAAGUCCUUCAAGAUCAUUCCUGCUGUAGUGGAUGGGGUCUUCUUGCCCAGGCACCCCCAGGAGCUUCUGGCCUCUGCUGAGUUCAAACCUAUUCCCAGCAUCAUUGGUGUCAAUAACGAUGAGUAUGUUUGGAGGAUCCCCAUGGUUUUUGACAUCCAGGAGAAAAUGAACAGAGAGACUCUGCGGGCUGCUCUGCAAAGCACGACAACACAGAUGUUCCAUGAGAUGAUGGCAGAUUCCAUGUUUGUGAUUCCUGCGCUGAAAGUAGCACAUUUUCAUCGUUCCCGUGGCACUGUCUAUUUCUAUGAAUUCAAGCAUCCUCCCAGCUUCCUGAAAAACAUCAGGCCACCCCAUGUGAAGGCUGACCAUGCUGAUGAGAUUCCUUUUGUCUUUGGAUACUUCUUGUGGGGUAAGAAAGCUGUGUUUACUGAGGAAGAGGAGCUACUACACAGGAGGAUGAUGAAGUAUUGGGCCAACUUUGCACGAAAUGGGAACCCCAAUGGUGAGGGCCUGCCCCACUGGCCUGCAUUUGACAGUGAGGAGCAGUACCUGCAGCUGGACAUUGAGCCUACCGUGGGCCGUGCCCUGAAGGCCUCCAGACUGAAGUUCUGGACGGAGACCCUGCCCCGGAAGAUCCAGGAGCUGAAGGGGGCUAAGGAGGAGCACGCAGAGCUGUAACUCCCUGUGUGUAGGAGAGAAGGGUGGGCCUGAGUGCAUGCAGGCCUGCCUCUGCUGCCACAUACGCACAUACUCAUGCAAACAUUCAUCCAUUCUCUUGCCAUCA